CCACCAUCUCUCCCAUUCAUGUCUGACGCAGCGUCGGCGGACCAGUCCGCCUCGAACUCUCUCGGUCUCGACCUCGACGCUCUGAAGAUCAAGGAGGAGUCAGACGCAGCAAACGCCGCCAAGGACGCCUCUCCAACCACCGAAGACGCGUCUCUCGCAACGGAAGACGCACAGGAUGAGGGCGAUACUAAGGAUUCUGCAGGAAAUAAGAAGGAGCCGAAGGAGAAGAAGAAGCCCUACGUGAACCCUGAUCGCGUUAAGACGGGCGGGGCGCAGCGGGAGAAGCCCAGUGAAGAGGAGCUGGCAGAGCGAAUGGCGCGAAUCCGGGAGCAAAACGAGAAGAUCAAACAAAGGCGGCUGGACGUACAAGCGGACGAGGAUGAGUACAAGAAGAAGCAAGAAUCAGAGCGUGCUAAGUUGGCCAAGCAGAAGAAGGUGCAGGAAAAUGUGGAUAAAGCCCGCGAGCAGAACGCUCGCCGUAAGAUGGAAAAGAUUCAGGGUCGUGAAUGGGACUCAGGGAAGCCUGCGCGUGAAUGGAACAAGCCCAAGAAGGCUGAUGAAGAGACCGGCGAGGAUGGUGACAAGAAGCCUCAACAGUCAAUUGGGAUUCGUGGUGCAGUGCGCGGUGGUGGUCGGGGAAGCGGUGGCCGUGGGGGCAGUGGUCGUGGUAGAGGUCGUGGAGGAGCGCUUACGUCUCCUACAUCCGAGAAGAACGAGAAGGAGGCGACCUCGCCUGCUGCCACGACAGAGAACCCCGCCCCCGUUGCGCCCGUUGCGGCCAGCGCGAGCUCAUGAGAUAUACCCUUGUACUACCAUCUGUGUUGUUGUAUUCCCGGUCUAUUGAUGACCAUCGUGC